UCAUGAAAAAGCAUGAAUCUUUCUACUUGUACUGCAAUUUGAUAACUCAACAACCAAAGGAAUCACUAAAUUACAUGCUGAAUUCACGGACAUGAAUUGACCAUAUAUCUUCUUUGGCCAAUUCAGUAGGUGGGCCAUUAAAAGUUUGGCAGAUUGGUGUAUGAAUUUGUCUAAAUGCAUCAUGUGCUCAAGAGAAGUUUUUUUGCUUAUGAUUGGAUCUAUUUCAUUAGUUUAUUAUGGCAAUUCAAUUGAAGUUAUUAUCUUUACUUAUUUUAUAAUAUCUCCAUGCUGUUGUGUAUCUGGAUUUUGCUAAGUUUAGUUAUAUCAGUAAUGGAAAAACCUCCACAGAAGAUUAGGAUUCAAAGAAACAAAAGUUCUUGUUUUUUUUUUAGCAAUGGUUUGAGAAGAGGAAUUUUUGUCCAUGCAUUUGCUUGGUGCCAUGUGACCUGUAAAGCAUCAAGUCGGGAAGAAGAAUAAGACCGAUAACAUGUGAGAAAUACUUUUGGAAUACGAUAUGUGCGGCUGCGAGUAAUCUUGUGUUGUUGGAAUUCAGAAAUGGGUCAGAUGUAUCUGAAUGAGCCAGAGGUCCUCAAGGAAGAAAAGGAACUUUGUAGUAGAAUUCGAAGAAGAAUGUUCCGGCUUUGCUGCAUCAGAAUUGAAAUCAGCGUUUGAGAAGCUGGUUAACCGGUUAUCUUUGUUAUACCUUGACGCUAUUCGACCGGAAGACAGCCACCAAUUUAAGAAGCAAUCAUGCCUAUGUGCCGAAAGUCUCAAAUGUUCUGAUAUGGAGGAAUCUGAAGCAUGUUCUACAGCUCCCUUGCCUCAAUUCCCGCUGAAUUUAAGGUCGUCGGAGCUUACAUUUGAAAGAUCAAAACAUCAGAAAACAAAAGGCGAAAAUGAUCUCAGGGACUUCAUUUUUGAUUAUUUCCUCGAAGAUGGUUCAGAGAAUGCAUUUUUUAGUCCAUCAAGGCAAAAACUGUAUGAUCUAAUAGAAAAAGCAAUCAAAGCUAAGAUCCUUUUGAAUAGCUCAUUGUUUCUCAAUUUAGAUGAUUUAGAUGAUACGUGCCGAGAACUCUCAGAGUCAACUUGCUGUUCAACACCGUGCGGUGAUGCUUCAUUGCAAGAACUCAAGAAAGAAUUCGACACUUUCGAGAAACAAAUAUCGGAGAUGAGGAUUUCCGAAACGUUGCUCGUCCCUAGUUCUAGUACUAACUCAACAUGCUCAUGCCAGUCAACUUCAUCCUUGAACAGCUCUUUAACCAAAGGAAUUAUUCAUUGUAAAUGGAAGGGUGGCAUUCCUUGUUUUGUGUUCACAAUGACCGAAGACUCCAGCAAAGUAUUCAUCGCCAAUUCUCAAAAGAUCGAAUCAUCAACCGAUAAAUCUUUGGACUGCAUGUACUUGUUCCAUUCAGUAGCAGGUAGCAAAAAGAACACGAAAAGUAGUGGAAAUUGCGUCACUGAAUUUGCUGCUAAAAUGAAGGUGUCCAUGUCUUUUAUUAUGAAUUCGAAUGGUUCAAAAAUUGCGGAGACUGAAUUUGUGCUGUUUGAGGCUAGCGAAGAUCAUUCGAAACAAACACAGACUUCAUCCUCAUCGGCAGUGAAAAGUAAGGGGUUGUCUAAGAAGGUGGCGGAAAUGUUUAAACCAAGCCACUCUUUCAAGGAUAAGUCUACCCGGAAAACCAAUGAACUGUGUUUUCGAUAUGAUGAACUCCUCCAAGAGCCAAUUCUCUCAGAGUUGUGUAAUUCAGACAGUUUAGUUUCAAAGAAUUUCCGUGAAUAUGAUUUCCGGCCUAAUCUUGAGUUGGCAGCUAUUGUCGUCAAGGAUUAUCAAAGCAAUAGCCAGAAAAGACCAGCUGAAGGUGGUUGGGGUCUAAAGUUUCUCGAGACGAUUAGAUUAGGCAAGGCCGAUACAUCAUUAGAGUCAUCUUCUACAUUGAAAACUUGUAACAAGAGACAAAGUGAUCGGAAUAUGAAUGUCAUAAUCCCUGCUGGUAUGCAUGGUGGUCCGAAUGACAGCAAUGGUGGUCCAUCUUGUCUUACAGAAAGGUGGAAAUCAGGUGGAUAUUGCGAAUGCGGUGGCUGGGAUAUCGGUUGCCCUCUCACUGUUCUUCGGAGUUCUAUUUUGCAGGGAGAUACUAAGUCGCUUGAUUUCUUCGUAGAGGGUGUUGAGAAUGGUGAACCACUACUCAAAUAUGGUGAAAAUCAAUGAAGAACUUCACCAUAUCUAUUUCCAUCCAACUCUUUCAGCUCUGCAGUCUUUCUCCAUUGGAGUUGCUAUCCUUCACACCACAACUCCAUCUCCUCAUUCAUAGAAGAACAAUAAGCUCAAUACAUUGUAUACCAAUGUGUGUAUAUAU